AUGGCAUCGAAGUGUGUUCUUGAUAUAUGUGAUGAACAUCUAAUACAUAUUGCUAGUCAUUUAUCUCAAAACGACUGCCGUAAACUCAUAGCAUCGCUGCGAUAUGAGUCCUAUGAAAUGCCUACAAAUUUAACAGAAGACGAGACAAAAAUACCAAAAGAUAUUCCUUGUAUUAAACUUCUGUUCGACUAUAGCAACGGAACUGAACCAUGGCAAGGUGAAAACAAGACACAUGAACAAAUAUCACGCAGGCUACGUCAAAUAGGCAAGAGCGAUUUAGCCGAUUGGUUGGGAAAGGCCGUUUUCCAUCAGUUCGCAAAAGAUAUUAAUGAUACGCUACUCCAAAAUCCAUUUGCGGAAUAUCGUACUCAGAGUGCACUUAACACUAAAUUACUCAAUGAUAAAGAGACGUUCGUAGAAGCCGAAUGGGAUAACAUUGAUAUUAUGUUAUGGAUGGUCUUAGCUGGUUUACUUGUAAGCUUGGCUUUCUCGUGUUGUCGUAUUUUGUAUCUGUCCUGUGCGAGAAUUAAAAGGCGUUCAACAAAUGAGGAGACGAUACCUCUAUUGAAAUAAGCAAAAGCAUUACAUAGUACUUUUUUUAUAAAGUAUACACAUACAUACAUAUCUAUAGUUUUAUAAAUAUAUUUCUUCUAAAUUAC